GAGGAUGAAUAGGUAAUAGAGAAAGAGAUACAAGGUUACCUUUCUCUCUGUUUUUCUCUCUCUUUCAUUUUCUCUCUUUUUCUCUUUUCCUUUUCUCUCUCUCAUUGAGUUGAAACUCUAAAUGAGAAUCAGUUGUUUAAAGUUAACUAUUCAUGAAGCGCCAAUUAACUGAUCAUCUUUAACCAUCAACAAUUAAUCAUUCCCUUUACAUGAUCAACUCUGUCUCUCAAUUAGAAAUAAUUUAAUUGAUACAAUUGGAUUACAAUCGAAAAAUUAUUUUCCAAUCAUCAGUUAUCAUGAUGUCGGUUCUUUGUGAUAUUGUCAAGUUGAAUCUCCUCGGAUACCAAAGAGGAACCAAAACAAAAACAAAUCAUAGUUACAAUUAUGGUGACAAUAAGUGAACUUGAUUCUGCAAUUGUGGAUUAAAUUUAAUCUUUCAUUGAUUAAUUUUCAUUUUCUUCAGUCCGUUCUAUCAGCAUCUUUUCUCUUCCUUUUUUUUAAUUGAAUCUUUAGAUUCUCCUUUUUCUCACCUUAUAAAAUGCCAAGUCAAACUUUGACUCGAAUUGAUUGGCGUAAAUUGUCAGCCAUUGAUGUGAAUACAUUUGAAUCGGAGCUUCAUUCUAAUCGGUGGCCAAUCUCCGAAAUCGGUCCAAUGAUCGCCUAUUCGUUCAUCGAUUCCGAAUUUGACUUACAUUCGGUCGACACCAAUUUUGUCAAACUAUUUAAAUUGAGCCAAAUUUUGAUCGCCUAUCUACUGGAAAUUUAUUACAAUCAAUAUGAGAAUUUGAAAGACAAAGUUGACAAAGUGAAGGAUAUUGUUGAGGAGAAUCGGAAAUUACGCAAAUUACUUGGUGUCUACAAACAAGCAUUCACCUUUGGUGCAACUUUUUCUCGUUCCAUCAAUUCUGAAACCGAUAAUUCUGACUCUUCUCUCCUAUUCCAAUGCCCUGAUUGUCCAAAAGCUUUCGGUAAUUCAAUGUAUCUUCAAAGUCACAUCUAUCGUCGUCAUCCGGAAAACUCAAUUCUAUCGAAAGGUUUAUUCCCAUUGACCCAACGAAUUAAUCAAUACCAAUCGGCUCUGAUUCCAUCAAAUGGUGCUGUUGAUGAUGUAAAGAAAGAAUUGACUAUUCUAAAGGACGAAUUGAAAAAGACGGAGAAACAAUUAACCGAAGAGAAACAAUCUCGACUUGCUUUACAGGAGCGAAUGGAUUCAGAAUUGGAAGUCAAGGUGAAACAAUUAACUUCACUGUUGAAAAUGAAUCAAAACGAUGAAACUGUUGAACAACUAGUCAAUCGUAAUAAGAAAAAUCAAAAUGAUCAAAUGAUCAGAGACCUAAAUGUUCAAAGGGUAACAGAAAUUGAUGUUCAUGAUCAGAGUAAUUAUGAGGAUGAUGAUGAACAGUUACAAUCUGAAGGAAUGGCUUCAAAUUUGGAUGAACCUAAAGAUUUAACUGAAUUGUUGAUGGUUCACACUCAAGAAGUUCGUAAUCUUGGUGUUCGAUUGGAAAAAUUAGUCGACAAACUGUGGUCCAAUGAUUCCGUUAAUAGUCAGGAAAAUUUGACACAAAAGGUUGAUGAUAAUUCAACAAGUGAUCUGGUUAAGCUUAGAGACAAAAGGAUUAAGUCAGGAAGUUUAAUCGGUUCAUCGCCAAUGCCAAAGGAAACGCGUUCCGAUAAAUCAGAUCAAAGUGAUGAUUUUGAUAAUGAUGAAGAAAUAGAUUACCAAAAGAAUCAAGGAAAUCAAGUUCUAUCUUACCUGGAUAGAUACAUGGAGGCUCUUGGAAUCCAGGAUAAAAUUAACAUCGGAAGCAGUGAAUUUGUUGAGGCAAUGAAGGUAAUUAAGGAGAGACGUCGACAAUGGUUUCAGGAGAAAGUUAAUUCAUUAAAAGACGCAAUUGAUUACGAGAUACGAACUCGCGGGAUUGGACAAACUUUGGCGCAAUUAAAUGCCGAUUCAAAAAGACCAACAUCCAAAUCACUUUGGUUAAUUGCUAAGAACAGUUUAGAAGAAACUUCAUCGAAACAUCAACAAAAACAACAAGAGAAACAAGAGAAACAAACUCGAGUUCAUUUUGGAGGGAUAACUAUUCGAGAAUUGGAUGAAAGUCGAAAAACUCAAAUCAAUAAAGACAAAGCAAUUAAAAGACAAUUUCAUGAACCUAAAUCAGUUCUAAUUCGUAGAGAUGCUGAAGGAAAUAGAAUUGGUAACCAUUCAAAUUGGAAAGAACCACAAAGACGAAUCAGUUUCAGUGAUACUCGAAUUGAAAUUAGUCCAGAAUAUUCAAGUGAUGACGACGAUUUUGAUCAAAUGAUGUCCAGUGAAAUUCAAACAGCACCAAUGGAACCAGAUAAAGACCUAAAGGUUGAACAAUUAAAUUCAUCAUUGGAAACAAUUGAAGAUGAAAAAGAUUCUCAUUCAUCAAUUUCAUCUAAUAAAUCACAAGAAAAAGUUGAAAUUAAUCUACAACAAUAUGACCCAAUUCCUCCUUUACCUAAGCCUAGACACUCAAAGGCUUUAACUCUUGAUGAUCAUUUAUCAACUGCUGAUUUAAAAUGGUUUGAUUCAGAUGAAAGUGAAGACGAAAUUAAUUAUGACAAUCAAAAGGCACAAUCAACAUCUAAAUCAGAUAAAAAUGUCAACAUCAACCAUAGAGACAAUUUGGAAACUGGUAGAUUCAAUUCAACCACAAUAUUGAAUAAUGUUGACAAUCAACCGGAUGAUCAACGAAUCAGUGUAACUGAAUUAACUAAAAUAAUCGAGGAGCAAUUACACAAUCGUCAAACUAAACCUAAUCUAAUUAAUUCUGUUGAUACUGUAACUGGAAAAGUUAAAAGUUCUAAUAGCAAAAACAGUUACGAUGUUAAAGCAAUUGGGACACUUAAUUACGACUCUGAUUCGGAUUAAAUUAUCGACAAUUUAUGAUCAACAGUCAACCAAAUGUAUCACUUAAAUAUCUUCGUGUGCAAUCGUACAACAAUUAACAGAUAAAUUGAUAUUCCUCCUUCUCAUA